AUGAAUUGCCCUGGAGAGAAUAGGAACUUGAAGAGAAGUCGCAAGCAGAAAACUUCUGUGAAAAAAGAGCAAAAACCUAUCAUUCCAGAACCAAAGCCAGGACCCAGGGUAAAAGUUGUUGUUAAAAAAAGUGAUAAAUUGGAAAAUAAAGUUAAAAGAAUUGGACCACACAUAGAAAUCUUCCAGGUAUUCCAAGUAAAAAGCAAACUCUUCAUUACCAAAAACAUCAUUGACAUGGUCACCCUCAUGCAGGCUCAUGUCAGGGGGUGGCUUGAACGCAAGAGAUUUCAAAGACUAAUGUCCAAGGCUUUGUGUCAUGGACCAAAUUUGAAAGAAGUUAUUAACAUGUAUCGGGGAUUAAUCCACCGUGUAAGGUGUCGACUUGGUCUCCGGAGGACAAGACAAAUUAUAAACUUUUCAGAGCUAGAGGAAUGGAUGGACAGAAAAAAAUACUAUGAAACAAAGUUUGCCAAGAGAGAAGAUUGGCAGGGAUUAGAAAGAAGUGAUCUCCUUAAAUACUUUAGAGACUGUGGCCAUUACCCAACCCAGAAGCAGGUUGAUGAGUAUUGGGACUUGUUCAACAAAGAUAAGUCACUAACACAUCCUGAAGUGAUCAAAAGGACCCAGGCAAUUGAACUGUUAUUUAUGCUCUAUCCUCCGAAAGGUGCCCAUGUGGGCAACAAAGGCAGACUAAAGUCAACCUGGCUGAGACCCAUAGUAAAUGGAGAAGAAGGCUAUAAAUAUAUAGUGAAUCGACAUCCAAUACUCAGAAGAGCUAACAUCCAGAUUGUUGGAAAAUUGGUGGCCAGAUCGAUAAGAGAAAGGAAAAUGAGAGCAUAUUUUAAAUCACGAGAAGUUUAA